UCAGCCGAAAAAGUGUUAUCAAAACUGUAAAUAAGUCCGUGGUCUUAAUGCUAUUGCGUUUUUCAAAUUGUUUGCUCGAAAUUUCAAUUCAUCUUAUCAGCACAGUCAGCAGAAGGAGGACCAUCCGGACACAGGCAGAAAAUUCAAUAAUCUCCCGACUGCGACAGUAGGCGACACUGCGACGAUGAACCAUCAGUAGUAGUCGACGGCAGCCAGUAGAGCGCAAUACGUCAAAAGGAAAAGUGAAAUCAAAAUUUUCGGUGCGCGCAUAUCAGUGCUCGACGACCACUACGGGGAGAAGCAGUGCAAAAGAAUCUGAAUUCCCGUGUCCCCUGUGAAUCGGUUCCUGCAGCACCAUGGCAAAGUACUACGAAAAUAGCACGACGUUCAACUAUUCCUGGGAACAGGUGACUCAGUGUUUCUGGAACCGGUACCCGAACCCGUUCAGCAUGCACGUACUCUCGGAGGACACCGUGUGUCGCGAGAUCAAGAAUGGGAAACUGCACAGCAAGCGGCUGCUGACCAAAACAAACCGGGUGCCGAAGUGGGGCGAGCGGUUCUUCAAGGCCAAGUCCGUCAGCAUCCUCGAGGAGUCGGUGGUGGAUCCGAAGGAGCGCGUUCUCGUAACCUACACCAGGAACAUUGGCUUCAACAAGAUCAUGAGCGUCGUUGAAAAGGUGACCUACCGAUCCUCCCCGGACAACCCCGCCAAGACCAUCGCUACCCGUUCGGCGUGGAUCGAUUCGUCCGUGUUCGGUUUCGCAACCGCCAUCCGAGCUUUCGGUUUGGAUCGCUUCAAGAAGAACUGCACGAAAACAGCCAGCGGCUUCGAUUACGUCCUGCAGCACAUGUUUCCCGUUCAUCAGUCGUCCCUUGCAUCCCUGCACAACCAGCACCAGCACACGAAGGCCCAGAAGAUCAAGGAAGCCGCCAAGCAUGUGAAGGCCCAGGCCGAACAGUUUGUGCAGAAUAUUUCCGUAAAAGGUUGAACCAGGCCCCCCUAGGUGGGAAGACUGGAGUCACUCUGCUUCGGAAAUCUCAUCUCGUGCGUUCCAACUCGUCCGAUUGGUUGAUUGUGGCUUGAAAUGUCCCCGACACACCUCCAACAUCCAGUAAGUAUGAACCCUUCCCUUCCUUUUACCCUCGUUCCAACCGUUCGUCAGUACCUAGUAGUGUGCGCAUGUAUGUAAUAUUCCCUUGCUUAGCAAAAGAAAAAAUCGACAGCUAUGGCAGUAUUUUAUCGACACUUGAAUUCCCAGAGCCGGGUUGAUGAUUGCUUUCCAGUUUCCCUUGUACAAGCUAUUUAACGUUUUAAACUAAUAAUGCAACGCUCAUUAAAAGAAGUUAGUGCAUCAUUCCAAUGCCGAUUACACGAAUUGAGUACAGUACGAGAGUACGAUUCACUAUUUAAAUACUAGAAGCCAGAAACAGAAACAGAAACGAGAGCGAGAGAGAAGUAAUAAGACACUCACCGAUGAAGGUAAACGUAACUAACAUAAAUGAUAAGAAA